AUGGUGCUGGCAGAGAGCGUAGAGUCGUACCGGGAUUCGCAGUCGGACAUGCACCGGUGGAUGAUCCCCAUCGUGGGCUUCCUCAUGCUCCUCCUCCUGAGCAUCAUCGCCGGCACUAUGGGCACCCGGGGCACCCGCAGCUUCCGCCUUCUCAAGUACCUCCUGCUCUUCCACGUCAUGAUCCAGAUGUUGUUCGCGGUGCUGUUGCUGGCCACGGCCCAAUGGGAGUGGGCCGUACAACUGGGCCUCACCGCCAUCUUCGGACUCUUCACCGGCAUCACCCUCGGCGUCGACUACCUCGCCGUGUACGCCUUUAUCUGCGUGUUUAACCUGCUCGCCCUAUUGGGCCGCAUGCCGUUCCUCGGCUUCGAGCACAGCCUCUACGAACUGUACGACAGCCACCCGGCCCACUGCCACGAGUGGUUCAACCUGAGCCACCACCACGCCUCGAGCCUGUGCUAUGGCUACGUCUCCUUCAGCCGCGUCCUGGCCUACCUCAUGGUGUGGCUGGUCGCCGCCCAGGCCUUCGUCUCCUACUACCUCUACAAGGAGAGGUCCCUCGAAUAUGGAUCGGUGACGGGCAGCGCGUCGACGAAGACGAGGGAGACCUAUGGCACGCUCGCCAGCGAGGACUACGGCACCAUCGGCUCCCAGUCCUAG